AUGGCAGAAGGUCCAAGAGAUGUGGAUAGUCAGGCUCCAGCUUCCGCAUCGACCCUCAUCCUGCUGCAGGUCUCGGCGCGUGCGCUAACCUUCGUCCUCAAUCAGCUCCUUAUCCGCCUCGUCUCGCCGAGCAUCUUUGGCCUGGCCAACAUUCAGCUUGAGCUGCUGCUUUCAACGAUUCUCUUCCUCUCUCGUGAUGGCUUCCGUACCAUCCUCAUUCGCAAUGAGCCGGCAUCCUCAUCAGCCUCCUCCAAACAUGUUGCCAAAUCGACCGGACCGAGGUCCGCAACCACCAACUCGAUGCACAACAUCUCGCUCCUGCCUAUACCCAUCGGUUUCGCCUUCACAGCAGCAGCGUGCACAGCAUACACACUACAUAUCUCUCCCGCUGCGAUGCAUGCGGUUCCCACAUUCCGCACCAGUAUCGCACUCUACGCAGUCGGCGCGCUGAGCGAGCUUCUGUACGAACCGCUGCUCAUUCGCGCGGUGAGGCUCGGCCAUCCCGCGCUGCGGGUGAAAGCUGAGGGAGCGGCUGUCUUCGUCAAAGUCAUCAGCACCAUCGCUACUAUCCUGCUACUUCCUCAGUGGUCCACUGCGCCGUUGCUCCUCCGGCGCGUGCUGGUGGACGAGAAGGCGAUAGCGCUUCUCGCUUUCGGUAUAGGACAGGCCAGCUUCGGGCUGACCAUGCUGGCCGUACACCUGGCCUUUUUCAUCUCGCAGUACGGGCUGCACGAUACGCUAGAUCUAUACUUGCCUCGGCCAGAAGAAUUAUCUGACGGCAAGGCAAAGUCGGGAGCUGCAGCAUCCAAGACGGUCUGGUUCGACCGCCCGACCCUCAACCUCUGUGCGGAGAUGUGCAAGCAAGGGAGCCUCAAGCACGCCCUCACCGAGGCGGACAAGAUCGCUGUGGCCAAAUUUGCGUCUCUUGAAGAUCAAGGCGGCUAUGCGCUCGCCUCGAACUACGGCUCGCUCGUAGCACGCAUCCUGUUUCAGCCAGUCGAGGAGACGAGUCGUAUCGUGUUCAGUUCCGAGCUGGUUGCGCUCGAUCCUGCCGCGGCCGAGUUCGCUUCAUCACCAUCCAAAGCGCCCAAGUCAACGGUGGAUCGGGUAAGCAACAUGCUGUCGGGUCUGUUCCGGCUGCAUCUCCUCCUAGCAUGUCUCAUGACGACCUUCGGCGGCCCACUCAGCACAGCGUUCCUAUACAUCAUGGCGGGUCCGCAGUGGGCGCUUGCAACCAGUGCGCCAGCCAUCCUGGCCGCGUACACAUUCUACCUCCCCGUCAUGGGCAUCAACGGUUUCGUGGAGGGCUUCCUGCAGUCAGUAGCCAGUCGGCGCCAGGUCGAGCAGUACAGUAAAGUGCUGCUCACUGCGAGCGCGGGCUUCGUAGGCGCGCUGGCUGGCACACAUAUGCUGGUGGGGCGGAGCGAGACGGCAAAAGCCGUGCUAGGAGAGACGGGCCUCGUCUGGGCCAACGUGCUCAGUCUAGCGGUCAGGGCGGGCUGGUGCUGGGCUUUCGUCAUCGAGUACUUCCGACUUGCAAAGGGGACCACGCAAGGGGCAGAGCUUGGACCCCAAUCAGUACUGCCAUCGCGCCCAACACUAGCAGUGUUUGUACUGCUAGCAGCGGUGCUUCGCGUGGUCUCACCCAAAUUGAUGCCGACGAAUGCAGAGCUCCUGCUUAGCUCCAAGGCUUCCAAGGGACGGCUGGCAGCGAUACGGCUGUUGAUGCCGACGCUUGCGCUCGCAGGAGCGUGUCUCGGCGUGGCGUUGGGAAGUGUGAUCGUGUUCGAGCGAAGGGCCCUGGCAAAGGCGGUCGGCGGAUUGCGUCGCAAGACGCCGGUUGAAGAGCAGGCCGACACGCGCAAAACGCAAUAG